AUGAAGAAAGAGCUUGAUUCCAUCAGAAACAACAAUACAUUGGAGCUCACUAAUUUACCACCCGAUCAUAAGACCAUCGGGUUAAAGUGGGUUUUCAAGUUGAAAAGAGACAGCGAAGGAAACAUUCUUAAGCAUAAAGAAAGAUUGGUAGCAAAAGGCUAUGUGCAGAAGUUAGGCGUUGACUUUGAGGAGACCUUUGCACGAGUGGCGAAACUUGACACAGUUAGAUUAAUUUUUGUCAUCACAGCUCACCAAGAAAGAUAUAAUCGAGGUAAAGCAUGCGACUUAUGCGAAGAAGGUGUUGAAACAGUUCGCAAUGGAGGAUUGCAACACGAGAAAGUAUCAAAUAAAAGCAAAGUUAUAUCUUAUAAUCUGUCUGCCCUUUUAAUAUUUGGUGAUUCUUUACUCGAUAACCGGAACAACAAUUAUAUUAACAAUUUACUGAAGACCAACUUCAAGCCAUAUCCCACUGGGAGGUUCACCAAUGGACUGCUCACUGCUGAUAUUAUUGCAAGGUAUGUUGGGAUCAAGGAUUUUCUGCCUCCAUAUUUAGACCCAUCUUUGAGCAUAGAAGACCUCAUGACAGGAGUUACUUUCGCGUCUGCUGGCACUGGUUUUGAUCCCCUCACGUCAACUAUAACUAAUGUGAUUCCCAUGUCAAAGCAACUAGAAUACUUCAAAGAGUACCAGAAGAAGCUUGAGGAAGCAAUUGGGAAGAAAAGAACAAGAGAUUUGAUCGAAAAGGCGCUCUAUAUCUUUGGCGCCGGUACAUAUGAUUUCAUUCACAACUAUUUUUCUUUGCCUAUUCGUCGUCCAAGUACUUACACCGUCUCCAGUUACACCAACCUUUUGCUAAAAAAUGUUCAACAAUUCAUUGAGGUUCUUAUGGAGCAAGGAGCAAGAAGAAUUGGUGUGAUGGGAAUGCCGCCCAUAGGGUGCAUGCCCCUUGCAAUUACUGCUCAUUCCAAGAAUCCUCUUCUAGAAAGAGAUUGCGUUGAUUACAUGAACACAGUGGCUUCUAAGUAUUACAACGAAAGGCUUCAAUUGUUGUUGAAACAAAUGCAGAUGAAGUUUGCUGAUUCUCAUGUCAAGUUUGUUUACUUGGAUAUAUAUGGGCCUUUGUCUGAUAUUAUUACUCCAAGCAAUAACUACACUAUGUGCCCUCAUCUUCUAUUUUAAAAGAAUACACAC